UCAUCCAUGCAGGGAUAGACACCCAACUGUCAUCCAUCCAUCCGCCCGAACUCUUCCCACCUCGGUCCACGGAAGGUAUAGGAUCAUACCCAUCUUUCUCUUUCCAUCUUUUUUUUCCCCUAUCAGGCCAGAAAAAGAAAAAAAAACUGCAAACAACCUCUCAGGAUGUUCUUCCUGCGAGAACUUACUCAUACAAUCCUACUUCAUCCAUCCUACUUUGGUGCCCAGCUUGAAGACUAUCUCCGUCAGAAGCUUUAUGAGGAUGUUGAAGGAACGUGUAGCGGUAAACAUGGGUAUAUCAUCUCGGUCAUCACCAUAACAGACAUAGGUGAAGGCAAGAUCAUCCCAUCGACAGGUCAAGCAAAGUUUAAGACAAGGUAUACUGCCAUCGUCAUGAAGCCCUUCAAGGGUGAAGUAGUGGAUGCCAAGGUUGUCAAUGUCAACAAGAUGGGCUUCUUUGCGAUGGUCGGGCCAUUACAAGUGUUCGUCUCUUGUCAUCUUACUCACUCGGAUAUGAAAUUCGACCCCAGCGUUUCGCCGCCAUGCUAUCGUUCAAAUGACGAAAUUAUUCAAAAGGAUACCAAAGUGCGAAUACAAAUUGUAGGUUGUAGAGUAGAAGCGAAUGAUAUGUUUGCGAUCGGAACUAUUAAGAAGGACUAUCUUGGUCAAAUAAGAGAUGAGUAAGGUAAUUAUAUGGUAUGGCUGUGUGCGCGACACCAAAGCAUAAAUUUGGGAAUCCUUGUAUUAGACUACAUUAACAUAUACACACUAUUGUCAGAAAUUGAAUACAACAUGCAUAAAUGAUGAUGUAAC